AUGGGCUCUCUUCCAACUCAACUCCGCUCCCUGGGGCCAGACCCAACCAUUUCGCUUGCGAACAUGCGCUCUGUGCAAAAGGCAUUCAUCCUCGUCCAGAGCAAUAUCCCAUCCAACGCUUCGCCAUUCUUGGUGUUGACGAAUGUAUCGGAAAAUCUUGCACCAGAGCUCUGGAAACUUCUCGAGGCCAGAAACCCCGGCUAUAAAUUAACGUCAUUUCUUCAACAAAAGAUAAUCCAUAUCAGGAUGCCGACAUCACAACACGAAGGCGCAGUUAUUUGGCUUAGUAGCCAGGUAGCCCGAUGGCGCGCUGCAGGCAUUCUCACUGUGGCUGAAGAAAGCGAGCUCUGUUAUGGAGGGAAUCCGAUGAUUGCCAUGAUUCAGCCACCCUAUAGGGGCUCCACAAAGAUUACAGAUUUCGCGAUUGAACCGUUUCAGUCUCCACAUCAGUUGCCCACAAUAUCCAUGGAGGUUGGAUGGAGCGAGUCGUAUCCCAACCUUGUGGCUAAUGCCCGCCUACUCCUGGAGGGCGGGGCCCCUCACACACGGAAAGUGAUACUUAUCGACUUAGAAGACACCCGUGCGGGAGUUAAAGCAGACUUCGAGAUUUGGCAAAGGGAUGCAGCCGGAAUUGCCAGAUGUAUCGGCAGCUGGGAUAUUUUUCCAGUUCCACUGCCUGGAACCGCUCAGUUUCAACAGGCGGGGCAGCCGUCCCUCCUUCGUGGCGAUAUUUUCGGUGCUUAUAUCCUAGCAAACCGAAACCCACUAGAUAAUCUACCGCUCAACCUGACUGAGCUCCGCCGUCGACUUACUCGACAUCUCCUAAAGACUGGCCACCACCCUGUGUAA